AUGGCACAGACGGCGGAAGAGAUCGGGGCUGACAUCCUUAUUGUAUCUGAGCCGGCCACCCACUAUGACCAUGAGGACCGGUGGUGCCUCAGCACGGAUCACAAGGCUGCUGUGCGUACAUCACUGCGCUCAGAGCUCAGUCACGAUGGUCGGGGCUUCGGCAGUGGGUUCGCCUGGCUAUCAUUCCAGGGGUUGACCGUCUUCAGCUGUUACUGCAGGCCCGGGGCCUCGCUGCCGGAGUAUCGACUGUUUCUGGGCGACCUUGAGGCGGCGAUCCGCGCUAGAGCGGACUCAUCGAUCGUUCUGGCCGGCGACUUCAACGCCUGGAACGUGGAGUGGGGUUCGAGAACCAACAACCCCAGGGGCGCACCGCUGUCUGAUCUCGCCAUAAGUCUGGGGCUGAUCUUGGCCAACUCGGGCACCUCCCCUACCUUCGUGAAAGGGGCGGCCACAUCAAUUAUAGAUCUCACGUUCUAUCGAGGCGUGGACCUCACAGACUGGCAUGUACCCGACCUAGAGACAUUGAGCGACCACAACUACGUCUGCUUCAACACGGCCGACCCGGCCCAGCCCCCGGUCGCCGAUGUACUCGCUAACGUCUCCUCCGGCUGGUCAAUCAAGAAGCUCGACCCAGACGCCCUGUGCCGUCAUCUGAGCAUCACGCACCUAGGAGCCACCGCCGGUGCCGCCUGUGCUGAGACUGCGCUGUCUUCGGCUGAAUCAUUUGAUGCGUUCCUGUUCGGCGCCUGUGAAGCUUCCAUGCCCAGAAAAAGAAAAGGCCCUCAGGGCAGACGGCCGGUGUUCUGGUGGUCGGAGAGAAUCGCCGAUCUGCGGCGUCAGUCCCUUGCGCUCCGUAGGCGAUACCAAGCCUGCAUCAGACGCGUCAACCAGCCCGGAGUUCAAGAAGCUAGGUUUUCCUACAUCGCCGCCAAGAGGGAGCUACGCAUAGCCAUCCGAGAGGCGAAAAACAAGUGCUGGGCCGACUUGUGCGCCCAGGUUGACACAGACCCCUGGGGCAGACCCUACAAGCUAGUGAUGAAGAAGCUCGGCGGCCAGAACCCGGCCGCGAGCUCCAAGGGCAGGGAGGCCGUCAUCGCCGACGCUCUGUUCCCAGCGGCCCCCGUCACGGAUUGGGGUUUGGCUCCGUCCCCAGCGGUGCACAACAUCUUCCAAGCAUUCGACCCGGUCCUGGACACGCUCAAGUUCACCAGGGUCAUUCCAGAAUUCAGGCCCGAAGAAAUCAGCAGAGCAGUAAAGAGACUCUCACCGGGCAAGGCGGCCGGUCCUUCGGGGAUCCCCAACGAGAUCCUUAGGGCUGUCGCGCUCGCCCAGCCCUGCGCAGUCCUCCGCGUCUUCAAUGAUUGCCUCAACGCGUCGACGUUCCCACCACGUUGGAAGAGGGCCCGCCUAGUGCUACUCCGUAAGGGUCCGGACAAACCUCCGGACGCCCCGUCGAGCUACAGGCCGAUCUGCAUGCUGGACGCCCCUGGGAAGCUGCUCGAGAGGCUCCUUCUCCAGAGGCUAGAAGAUCACCUGGACGCUCACGGGGGGCGGAGAAGAGCCCCGAACCAGUUCGGCUUCAGGAGGGGAGUUAGCACUGAGUCAGCAAUCGGCACCGUUCUCAGCAUCGCUGCCCAGGCGGCCACCACCCCGAGAUUGAAGAGCCUCUGCGUUCUGGUGACGCUGGAUGUCAAAAACGCCUUCAAUUCUCUGGGGUGGCCGGUCAUCGACGCAGCUCUGAGGGGCAUUAACACCCCGGAAUACUUGGUAGAGAUGCUCCGGUCCUGGCUGGCUGACAGAACACUUCUGACUGGCGAGGAAUAG